CGCAUGAAGAGUAAUUGAAACGCGCAAAUCCACUCGAAUUUUGACUUUGAUCAAAGCAUUUUUAUUAAUUUCGAUAAAAAUGGAUUUAAAGUGGGGUUGGAUAUGUCUGAUUAUUGCGCUGUGUUUGCGAAUUCUUGUCCAUGGCGUUAUACACUCUUAUGGGGUUUUUCUGGCGAAUUUCAGUCGUGAAAUAGAAGAUACCAAAGUUGCAACUUUAGCCUGGGUUGGAGCAGUAGCCUAUGGAGUAGUGGAAACUGGCACCCCUAUUGCUCUGAUACUAGUCCGCAAAAUUGGGGCCCGGAACACCGUUGUCAUUGGCGUGUUAGCGGCCUCGACUGGGUUGUACUUGUCUGGAAUCGCCGGUAACCCGCGGCAGCUGUUCUUUACGUACAGUUUGCUGACCGGAAGUGGCAUGUUGUUGAUGAACAAACCUGUCUUCUUCUUGCUGGACAAAUACUUCCCAAGGGACCACGAGUAUCAUGUGUUGACAACUAGCGUUCCGCGAUGGUCCAACAGCCUUGGACCCCUUCUCUUUAACCCGCUAUCGGCUGCUUUAAUAGGCAGGAUUGGUUGGAACAUGACAUUUGUAACAUACGGGACGUUGUACUUACUCGUGGGAGGCGCCGGUGCCUACUGUAUCAGAGACGCGCCAGAGGCAACUCAAGAGGAGGCACAAGAAGACACUAAAGACCAAAGAAGGCACGGCGAAUCAAAACUGACAGAGAGUACAGGGAUGUUUGUUGUUGUUUGUGCCGGAUUGCUCUUCUUUGCAGCCGUCUUCUGCUGGGCGUUUGUCGUAUUUGACCCCACGUUCAUAUUGGUUAAGCAUAUGGAGACUCUCGGUUUCCACGAGUCAACAGGAGCUUUCGCAGUCACAGUCUUCUCUGCAUCUGACCUCGUGGGCCGAAUACUGAUUACACUACCCAGUGACAAACUGGUGAAGGGAAGGAUCGUCUACCUGUCUGCCGUGUGCUGCUUUCUUUUAGGCAUACAGAACUUCUUCAUGGGUUUCUCUACUGGCUACGCGCUGGUCUUGUCCUACGCCAUCAUGGCGGGCUUUACAACGGGCUUGAUGGGCGCCCUGAAGUUCCCAUUGUGUGAUGAAAUCAUGGACGGGCAUUAUACACAUGAACUCUUUGCUUUAAGUGGUCUCGCCAGUGGAACAGCAUUGAUCCUGGGCAUAGUUGCUGCAGGAGAAAUCUUUGACACCACCGGCUCAUAUCAAACCGUGUUCUUCCUCGAGUUGGGGGCCUUCUGGAUGGCGGCGCUAGCAUUUGGCGCCAUCGUCAUGUUACGAAACAAAGUCCUUCGAAAAUCUUUACCGAAUACUGAUGAGAAAAUGCCCCUCGUAGCAAGCGGCCAGAUUCUGGAAGUGCCUUCCACGCCAGUGAUCUAA